UUGAUGUGGGAUUCAGUAUAUUUAAUGGUUAGACAAAUGAGUAGAAUAGUACAACUGGAGAUGAUAUGGUGUAUGUGAAUUGUGAUGAUGUGAAGAGGAAUUUGGAGAAAUCGUUGAUACUGAGAUAUGAGAAUUGUUCUGAGUCAAAUGCAGAUCCAUCACGGUUCAAUAUUUCAAUAGUACCGAUAGUACUGUCCAAUGUCUGGACGACGAACUCCUGGAUACCAGUGUUGACCAACAUUUCGGUUUAUCAUUUCGAGAUAGCGCUCAGGUGUAUAAUUUGGAGGAUUGGGAUUGCCAAUAUCAUGGUUUUCAGGUCGCAGUUGUGAGUUUGAAGGAUCUAAAUUUCCGGCAUGCUGAAAGUUGAAUUUAUCAUCUUCGUCAUCGAUGAAAACUAUAUUGGGUUUGGAGCCGUCCACACCUUGAUUAAAGUGGUUGAGUGAACAACGAUUGGUGAGUGAAAACUGUCAUGAGACUCGUCUUCAUACUACUACUCAAUGUCUUCCUCUUCGAACAACUACUGACCAAACCAAUGCCAUUCAACUCUACCAUUCAAUAUAAUCAAGGUGUGGACGGCUCCAAACCCAAUAUAGUUUUCAUCGAUGACGAAGAUGAUAAAUUCAACUUUCAGCAUGCCGGAAAUUUAGAUCCUUCAAACUCACAACUGCGACCUGAAAACCAUGAUAUUGGCAAUCCCAAUCCUCCAAAUUAUACACCUGAGCGCUAUCUCGAAAUGAUAAACCGAAAUGUUGGUCAACACUGGUAUCCAGGAGUUCGUCGUCCAGACAUUGGACAGUACUAUCGGUACUAUUGAAAUAUUGAACCGUGAUGGAUCUGCAUUUGACUCAGAACAAUUCUCAUAUCUCAGUAUCAACGAUUUCUCCAAAUUCCUCUUCACAUCAUCACAAUUCACAUACACCAUAUCAUCUCCAGUUGUACUAUUCUACUCAUUUGUCUAACCAUUAAAUAUACUGAAUCCCACAUCAACGAUUUUCUAUCGUCUUCCAUCAUCUAUGACCUAAUCAUGCUGAGUAUGUUAGGCUUUCAACUGUGUCUUGCCUUAGUUCUGUGUUUACUGUGAUAACG